AUGCGUCUGUCUCUUUUGCCGUCCGCGCAAUGGACGGCGUGUUUUGUUCUCCUCUCUGUAUUAUGUUCUCUGUUUACUCCCGCAGUCUCUGUUAAGUAUGAAAACUUCAAGACCUGCGACCAAUCUGGAUUUUGCAAACGCAAUCGCGCAUAUGCCGACCGUGCAGGACAGCUCGGCUCUAGCUUCGAGUCCCCUUAUCAAAUAGCCCCCGAGUCCCUGAGCUGGAAGAAUGGCCAACUGCAGGGAGUUAUCCUCAAGACGAUAGAUGCGGCAGGUGAGACGGUCAGGCUACCGCUCACCAUCUCGUUUCUGGCGUCGGGAUCCGCAAGGGUGGUGAUUGAUGAGGAGAAGAGACAGAAAGGGGAGAUUGAGCUUAGGCACAACAGUAUAGCAAGAAAGGAGCGCUACAAUGAGGCCGAGUCCUGGGCCAUUGUUGGAGGUCUUGAUUUGAGUACUACCGCGAAGGAGGAGAGAGAUGCAACGAAGAGCAUUGUGAAAUACGGGCCGGAUGGACAGUUCGAGGCAGUUGUUACGUUCGCUCCGUUUGGUAUUGAUUUCAAGCGAGGUGAUGCUACGCAUGUCAAGUUGAAUGACCGGGGCUUGUUAAACAUGGAGCACUGGCGACCAAAAGUUGAAAAGGCAGAACCCAAGGAGGGAGAGGAGACACCUGUCCAAGUUCAGCAAGGGGAGGAUGAGAGCACAUGGUGGGAUGAAUCAUUUGGCGGUGCCACCGAUUCAAAACCGAGAGGUCCCGAGAGUGUUGCGCUUGACAUUACCUUCCCUGGAUACGACCACGUUUAUGGUAUUCCAGAACAUGCUGGGCCACUGUCGUUGAAGGAGACGCGUGGUGGAAGUGGACACCACACUGAUCCUUAUCGACUGUACAAUGCUGAUGUCUUCGAGUAUAUCAUGGACAGUCCGAUGACUCUUUAUGGCGCGAUUCCCUUCAUGCAGGCUCAUAAGAAGGAUUCAACCGUCGGGGUAUUCUGGUUGAAUGCUGCGGAAACCUGGAUCGAUAUCAUCAAGGAGAAAGAAUCUCACAACCCAUUGAGUCUCGGAAUUGGAUCCAAGAUCGAUACCAAAACUCACUGGAUCUCCGAGAGUGGCUUGAUUGACGUCUUUGUCUUCCUCGGACCCACGCCGAAGGAUGUAACCAAAGCCUACGGAGAACUUACCGGUUACUCUCAAUUACCUCAAGAGUUCGCCAUCGCCUAUCAUCAAUGUCGCUGGAACUACAUCACUGAUGAGGACGUCAAGGACGUCGAUCGAAAAAUGACCAAAUACCAGAUCCCGUACGAUGUGAUAUGGCUGGACAUCGAAUAUACUGAUGACAGGAAGUAUUUCACAUGGGAUCCUCUUACCUUCCCCGACCCCAUCGGAAUGCUCAAGCAACUUGACCAGUCUGAUCGCAAGCUCGUGGCUAUUAUUGAUCCCCAUAUCAAGAAGAAGGAUGGAUACCACGUAGUUGACGAAAUGACCAAGAAAGACCUCGCCGUUCAUAACAAGGAAGGAAAACCCUACGAAGGAUGGUGUUGGCCCGGUUCCUCUUACUGGGUUGAUUGCUUCAAUCCUGCCGCCAUAAGCUGGUGGAAAACACUCUUCCCAUACUCUGCGUUCAAGGGAUCCGCAGAAAACCUCUUCAUUUGGAAUGACAUGAACGAGCCGUCCGUCUUCAAUGGACCCGAAACCACCAUGCCGAAGGACAAUCUCCACCACGGCAACUGGGAACACAGAGAUGUACACAAUCUCAACGGACUGACCUUUCACAACGCAACGUAUCAAGCACUCCUCUCCCGUAAGAAGGGCGAACUCCGCCGUCCCUUCAUUCUAACCCGUUCCUUUUACGCCGGUUCCCAACGCCUGGGUGCUAUGUGGACAGGUGACAACCAAGCAAAUUGGGACCACCUUGCUGCGGCAUUCCCAAUGAUUCUCAACAAUGGAAUUGCAGGCUUCCCCUUCGCGGGUGCGGACGUAGGAGGCUUCUUUGGUAAUCCAGAGAAAGACCUCUUGACACGCUGGUACCAAGCAGGGGCAUUCUACCCCUUCUUCCGUGGACAUGCCCACAUCGAUACGCGUCGCCGUGAACCCUACCUUGCUGGCGAACCGUAUACUGGGAUUAUUACCCGCGCCCUCAGACUGCGAUACUCUUUGUUACCUUCUUGGUACACAGCUUUCCACGAAGCGAGCGUGGACGGGACUCCUAUCAUCAGACCUCAUUAUUUCGAAUACCCAUCUGAUGAGCAAGGCUUUGCCAUUGAUGACCAAUUCUUUAUCGGCUCUACCGGCCUCCUCGCCCACCCUGUCGUCACCCAAGGUGCUGACAGCGUCGAAAUUUACAUCCCUGAUGAUGAGCUCUACUAUGAUUACUUUGACUACACACCAUACAGUGGGCAAGGCAAACACACCAUGUCCGCACCAUUGGAUAAGAUUCCCUUGUUGAUGCAAGGAGGUCAUAUUUUCCCGAGAAAGGAUAGGCCAAGACGCAGCAGCGGACUGAUGAAAUUUGAUCCUUAUACACUAGUCAUUGUUUUAGGCAAAGACGGGACAGCCAAAGGCGAGCUGUAUGUCGACGAUGGCGACUCAUUUGAGUAUGAGCAAGGUGCUUAUAUCCACCGCGUCUUCCAGUACUCAAACGACAUCCUUGAGAGCAAGAAUAUUGGCACAAAGGGCAAGCUGACGGACAAAUAUCUUAAGAGCAUGAAAGAUGUGGUCGUGGAGAGGAUCAUCAUUGUUGGAGCGCCGGCUUCUUGGACCGGGAAAUCGAGUCUCAAGGGGGGAGAAGAACUUGAGUAUCAUGCUGCGGAGGGGGGGAAGGCGGCCUGGGCAACGGUCAAGAAACCGGGCGUGAAGAUCGGGGAGGAUUGGAAGAUCGAUUUCAGUGUUUCGCAUGAUGAGGUGUAG